AUGGACAGACUGGAUAAGAAAUCUAUUUUGUCUAUUCCCUAUGACGACGAAGGACUGUGUUGUGCCAAAGCAAUUGUUUAUGCCUUGGCGCAUUUGAACAAGGACACGACUGCCAUCAAUGCCAUGAAAAAUUGUCGUCGACCAGCCCUUGUGAAACGGGCAAAGGAACUUCAUAUGGCUGCGAAUGUGCCUCUAGGCCCCUGCACAUUUUCAGAAAUCGCCAUAUUUGAAGACCACCUAGAUGUGCAAAUUGCCGUCUUUUCUUCGGAAAACUUGAACCGAGUGGUCUAUAAAGGAAGAGAGAGGACACAACGGAUAAAUUUGUGGCUCCAUGAUGCGCACUACGAUGUGAUUAAAUCCCUGAAAGGAUUUUUCGGCAGCAACCAUUAUUGCACAGCAUGUGAAAAGCCGCACGAUCAUCCGGAAAGCCACCGAUGUGCCAAUGCGUGCCCUAUAUGCCUAAGGACUGAUUGCUUUCCAGGCCAGCCUCAGCGAUGCCAGGAUUGUGACCGUCUCUGCCGCUCUGAUGUCUGUUAUACAGCACACAAAGCCCUGACUGGAAAUCAAGAUUUUUCACUUUGCGAUAGAGUAUACCACUGCAGGGACUGCUGCCAAGUGAUCCGGAGGCGCGAUUGUCCUAAAGAGCUUCACAAGUGUGGAACCACCAAAUGUCCGUCUUGCAGCCAGUUUGUCGUGGCUGCUGAGCACCGUUGUUAUUUGCGACGUGUUGCUCCGAAGAAGUCCGAUGACAAUUUCAUUUUCUUUGACUUUGAAACGGACCAGUCUUCCGGAGAACACCUCGUAAAUUUCGCGGUGGCUCAGUAUGCCGACGGCACAGAAAAAGUGUUUCCGGGAUACGCGGCAUGUCAAGAUUUCUGCGCCUGGCUGUUCUCCACAGAGCACAAGGGCUUCACCGCUAUGGCACAUAACAUGAAAGGGUUCGACGGACAGUUCGUGAUGGCCUGGCUCCUGGAGCAAGGUACAGCGCCGGAGGUGAUCCCUAACGGGUCUAUGAUCAUGAAUGUAAGACAUCCUAGUCUGAACAUUCGGGUCAUAGACUCGUUAAAUUUUCUGCCGAUGGCGUUGGCCAAGCUACCGGGAUGCUUCGGUCUCACCGAGUUGAAAAAGGGUUACUUCCCGUCAUCUCUUUAACUCCCGAGAAAACCAGAGUUAUGUCGGACCGCUGCCUGAGCCCAGUACUACAGCCCGGAUACCAUGAGUACUCCAGCCCGAAAAGCAUUUCUAUCCUGGCACGAAGCACACAAGGGGGACGUGUUUAACUUUCAAGCAGAGAUGCUGGCCUA